CAUGCCGCACUGGGCCGAUCAUGACGGCAGAGGGUGAAAGUGACGCCCGACGGGAGGGCGCACUGGGCGGCCAGUGCAAAGUGAGCACCGGGGCGCUUAAAUCUUUCAUCUGGAGAAACGGCCGCUUCGGUGAUAACAGGAUUGCCGUGUCCCCACUAGCUCCUUGCCCACGUUUCCCCCGUAGAAAACGAUAUUUGCAUCGCCCGAGAACCAAUUAGCGUAACGGGGGAUCUGUUCUCUGCGGCGGUUUUCCGCUGCGCGCAAUCACAGCUCCAGGACCAGCGGCGCAGUGGGUGCGCUCUGGCUGAAAGCAUCCAUCCAGCAGUCAGCGCUGCCCUCCAUGCCUCCAAGCAUCCACUGUCGGCCGUCAUCAGCGAAACCCACUGCAAUGAAACCGAUAUAAUCCUGUCUGCUUUUACUUUUUUUGGGUUCCACUUUUUCCUUAUUUCCCGGGAUAGAAAAAAAGAAAACAAGGCGAGAAGACGCUCCCCACCCCGCCGUAAGUUUUGGCGUGCGUGUCGCACUGGAGGGGAGGAAAGGAUGGCAGCCCCGGUGAAAGCAGCGUUGGCUCUCCUGGUUCUCACCGUGGCAACUGCCUUGUGUGCGGAGGUCGAGGAACGACUGGUGAGUCAACUCUUGUCCCCCGAGCGCUACAACAAGCUGAUCAGACCGGCCGUCAACAACAGCCAGCAGGUCACCAUCUACAUCCAGGUGUCUCUGGCCCAGCUGAUCAACGUGAAUGAGAGGGAGCAGAUCAUGACCACCAACUGCUGGCUCAGUCAGGUGUGGAAUGACUACAGAUUAAUGUGGGAACCUGAACAGUACGAGGGAAUCAAGAAAAUCCGGCUCCCGUCACAACACAUCUGGCUCCCGGACAUCGUUCUCUACAACAAUGCCGAUGGGACGUACGAAGUCUCCUUCUACUCCAAUGUCGUUGUCUCCAACAAUGGCGAGGUGGCCUGGCUCCCGCCGGCCAUCUACAAGUCGGCCUGCAAAAUCGAAGUCCGUGAUUUCCCUUUUGACCAGCAGAACUGCACCCUCAAGUUCCGCUCCUGGACCUACGACCACACCGAGAUUGACCUCAUCCUCCUCAGUGAUUUUGCCUCACGUGACGACUUCAAACCCAGCGGUGAGUGGGACAUAGUUUCCCUGCCUGGACGUAAGAACGAAGACCCCAAUGACAUCAGGUACCUGGACAUCACCUACGACUUCAUCAUCAAGAGAAAGCCUCUCUUCUACACCAUCAACCUGAUUAUUCCGUGCAUCCUGAUAACGUCUUUGGCUAUUCUGGUGUUCUACCUCCCGUCAGACUGUGGUGAGAAGAUGACUCUCUGUAUCUCGGUCCUCUUGGCCCUGACUGUGUUUUUACUCCUUAUUUCAAAGAUUGUGCCGCCCACGUCUUUAGCAGUGCCUCUGAUCGGAAAGUACCUGAUGUUUUCAAUGGUGCUGGUCACCUUCUCCAUCGUCACCAGCGUUUGCGUGCUCAACGUGCACCAUCGCUCCCCCAGUACACACACCAUGCCUCCGUGGGUCAAGCGUGUCUUCCUGUAUCGGCUCCCCUCUUACCUCUUCAUGCGGAGACCCGGCAGCUCCAACAUCCGCGAGAAGUUCCGCAAAAAACACCAGCAGCGAUCGUACUCCGACCUCCAGCUGAGUCCUGCGGGGAUGGCAGAUUGCUCCUCGUCCUUCUUUGUGAACGAGGAUUCGGCCAAACGCUACGGCUGGAAGAUCAGCGACCUGCCAGAGAACACUGAGUUCAGGAAGAGGAUGACGCUCAAGUCCAACAUUGACACGGAGGAUGCGGUGGACGGAGUGCGCUACAUCGCAGAGAAGAUGAAGAGCGAGGACGAUGAUGAGGGGAUCAUUGAAGACUGGAAGUACGUUGCCAUGGUGAUCGACCGUCUCUUCCUGUGGAUCUUUGUGUUUGUGUGUGUGGUCGGCACGCUGGGCCUCUUCAUGCAGCCUCUGUUCCAGAAUUACAACACUCCCAUCGUUGAUUAAAUGGACUGCAAACAAAAUAGCUGAAAGGUCAUCAUGAACUUUGAUUGCCGCCCUAGAAACAGAGCUCUGAUUUUAACACACAUACUCACAUGUCUGCCUCGCCACACACGCUCACUGGGAGACUAUAAUGAUGCACGUUACCCUUCCUCCUCCCCCCCCCCCCCCCCGCCCUUAUGACAACGUGUUGUCCCUUUCAUCCUCCAUGUGUCCUGCCAUCUUAAGUGGGAUCCACUUAUUUCAUGUAACUAAGGGAUACAUGUUUUCAUAGUUUGGCCGUCAUUCAGAGGCGGGGAUGGUAAAGAUCUAGGAAAACAGUAUAUUUACUAUAUAUGAUGUCUGUUGUAACAUCGGUCACAGUUUACAUUACAUUGUUUUUUCUGCUAAAAAUGUCCCGAACCUUCCUAGUUGUACACUUUUUGAUUUGUUCAAUAAGUUCAUAAUCAAAAGGAAGCAAUGGCCAAAACUAUGAAAACAAGACCCAAUUUACAAUAUACCAUAAUUAUCUUAUUAUUCAAAAUGUCAAGUUAAACCACCAUUCAGCCAUGAUGAUCUUUCUCAGAGAUGAAUAUAGAUCCAUAGUCUUCAAGUAUUGACUUCUAACGGUAUCUUAAGAAGAAAACAUUACCUGAAACUGUUGAAUUUAUAUUGUUCCGUCCCUUAUCGCUGCUCACAAAGGUUUACCUGGACAACGUCAACUCAGGACUUUUUAGGCUUAGAACAGAGUUGGUUUUGCUUUUUUUUGAAGAUGAGUCCCUUCUUUCUUGGAUUGCCUCAGUUUGUUGUUUCCAAAGCACACAUUCUGUCUACGUUUCUAGUAUACAAUACAGAAAACUGUUGCACUGCUCAAAUGAUAAUGGAUGAGCGUGUACACAAGUAACCAGCCGUUUUUUACCGCCCCCCCCU